AGACGAUCAAGAGACUCAAGACUCAAGACUCUGACUGCUCACACACGCACCGUACACUGAUCACUCAAAUGUCAGUGCCAGCCCUCUCAGUCGAUCAGAUUCCAUCUGCUCAAUCGUAGCUUGGCUUUCCCAAGAACCUUUUCACCCUUCAACCUCGCGGCGCAAGACCAGGCUAACUGGAGUACACUCUGCCACGAGCGCAUUCAAGCACGCCCACGCAUUCUGAGUCCACUCGAGCGCGUCCGUCUGCUAGAGGCCAUCCAACAAGCGAAUAGCGUCGUGAGCUUGCUGUUAGUCAUGUCGGGCAUCGCGAGCGGCACGGCUGCUGGAGGGUCUGGUGUAGGACCUAGUAGGAGACGCUGGGACAAGGAGGAGUUUGAGAAUAGGGCCAAGGCUAGGGAUGAAGAAGAUCGUGAGAGGGCUAAAGAGAAUGAACAGAGGAUACAGCAGGGCAAGAAGCCCACGUUCAAGCGUAAAGAGGACUUGCCCAAACCUACGGAACUGUUACAGGCGCGAAAAGAGGCGUUGGAGUUGGACAAGGAUGUGGGAAAGAGUCAGAUGGUGGAUGUGCUUGGGGAUGGAAGAAGGGGUGGACCUGGGUACUACUGCGAUGUGUGCAAGAGGACGUGCAAAGACAGUAUAGGAUACUUGGACCACAUCAACGGACGUAUGCAUUUGCGCAGGAUUGGUCAGACGACCCAAGUAGCUCGAUCCAGCGUGGCUCAAGUGAGAGCACGCAUCAUGCUCAUCCGAGCCGAGAGGGAGGCAGCGGGUGGAGCAGCAAAGGGCACGACGUACGAUUUCGAGGCGAGGAUAGAAGCGAUUGCGAAGCAGCAGAGGAUGGAGAAAGAGGCAAGGCGGGUCAAGAAGAAGGAGUUGAAGAAGAGGAUGGAGAAAGAGGAAAAGGGCUUGAGUGGAGGCGGGGAUGAGGAAAUGAUGAACCAGAUGGGAUUUGCUGGGUUUGGCAAGAGAUGAGGAGUCUUGAGUGCGCUUGCGUAGGCGAGUUUCUCGUUGCGCACACAAAACCACCUCGUUCGCCUACCUCUCUAGUCGCCUAUAUGCACUCAUCUCGGUGGCUGUCAAGCUGUCCAAUUCGAGUCUUGAGUCAAGCCACGUCGUGUGUUGUAUUUGUAUCAACGACGAUUGCCUUCGCGCAUCUAUCUACAUCCAUGACAUUGGACGUG